AUGCCCUCUGACACAGGCUUGCUCACCAUAGACUAUUCGCUGGAAACUACAGACCCCCGAGCUUGGCUGUCCAUGCAAAGCCCACACCUGGACUACCUGCUCCACACCAUAGUCAGGGCGCACCGGCAGCAGCACCCAGCUACCAAGGUGCGGGAUAUCUGCCAGCUGAUGGGGCUGGGGGCAGAAGAGGAUGAUGAGGAAGAGUUGGUUGAUGAUGAGGACGAGCUGUGCAGCCAGCGGACACCAGGCAGUAAAGGUCCCCAUGGGGGGCAGAAGCAGAGGAGACUGGCUGACAAUGCCAGGGAGAGGAGGAGGAUACACGGGCUGAACCACACAUUUGACCAGCUUCGCAAUGUCAUCCACUCCUUCAACAACGACAAGAAACUGUCCAAGAACGAGACUCUGCAAAUGGCCCAGAUCCAACAUUACAAGCCAAGAAUGCGCAUGUGUGUCUCAUGA